ACUGGGUAGAGGUCAGGCGCUUGCGGUAGAUAGGGCGAAGACCAGUCUUCUAGCAGCAGGAAAGGCGUGGUUACAAGGACGGCCUAAGCGUGUGGUUGAUGGUGAUGCUGUGUAUAGUGUUUAAUCAGAUAUGUGAAAUCGAUCUUCUCUCUCUCAGUCUGCUGAUAACGAUACAGAGCCCUCCAUCGUGUCAUUUCCGAGUUGCAGGUGUUAGUUCUUCAGCUGCUUCAGAAUACUGUACGCAACAGAUACUGCUCAGCAUGUCUUUCAUUAUCAAGAGUGUGUCCAAUGGAAUGGUUCUGGACAUAAGAAACGGCGAAAAAAGGAACGGCGCAGAAGUGAUCUUGUGGCCCUACAACGGGGGCAACAACCAGCAAUGGGAAUACAAGAACAACAUGAUCUACAGUAAACUCGGCAAUUAUGUUUUGGACAUCGCGCAGAGUGGACACGGUGCCCCGCUUAUCACAUACAGCCCCCAUGGAGGUAGCAAUCAAAAGUGGUAUUUUGACGAUGACUUCACCAUCAGGAGCGGCACUGGGUUGGUUAUGGAUAUCGAGGGUGGCAGAUCACACCAAGGAACGCGAAUCAUUGGGUUCGGGAAACAUGGCGGACAUAACCAGAAGUUCCGCAUCGAACCUUACAACAGGAAAUGGUAGAGUGACAUCAACAUACGUAUAUGACCAUCAGUAAGAAGCCCGGAAUGAUUGUGUUAAAAUCUGUGGAAUUCAGGAAGUAAAAUAAAUAUUGUUAUAAUUCAUUCAUCCAUUUUUACUGCUGUAUAGUUGGUAUAUUCCAAGGAUUCUUAGAUAAGGGACAUUACAGAAACAUACUUUUCUUUGAUUAAGAACUUGUUCCUUCGCUGCAUCCAUGAUAUAAACGAGAUUUUUGUGCUAAUAAACAUCGACUAAUUUCGUUCUGAAUGUUGCCAUGUUUGAUAACACCACUGAAAACAGAAUUCUUCUGUCAUCUCUUGACGCUUGUUACUUUCAUCAUUACGAAAUAUAAAUUAACGCGGACAUACAGAAGUACAUGACAGUGUUCAUUUUCUGAAUAAUGUAGGCCUCUCCGUUAGGCUACAUGAUGGCCUAAAUUGUUGUUACUGAGGGAGACAAAGGUACGUGUAAGUAGGCCCGUGAAAGAUUUGAUAUUUUCAUGGCAGUGAAGGUUCGUAUUGUGGUCUUCUGAGUCGCGAUGGUGGGUUGUUUGGUGGGUGGGUAGCAACGUUUCUGAGGAAUAUUGUACCUCUGUCUUCAGGGUAAAACUUCUGUUCUCCAUAUCACAACAUGAAGCGUGAAGGUAGUUUGAAUAAGGAUGACGUUAUGUUGCUUUGUUAAACCGAAAAAUGUAGCUAGGCAACUACAGUUUAAAUGUUGUAAAGUUCUCCCUUAUCUCCUUUUUUUCCCUUCCCCCGGGUACUCUCUACCUGUAACUGAAUUUCUGUUUGCUUGUUACCAUGGUUCUUUUUCGUUAACAGAAUUAUUAGGCUUUGAACAACCGUUCGUAAUUGCGAUUGCUACUAUGCAGUAAUUGAGAUUGUUGUAGGUCCUGUAUGAGUGUGUGUAAGGCGCGUAAGGCUGACAACCUUACCGCCAUCUAUCAGCCACUUAUGCAGAAAAUGUGGGAACCUCAACAUCUCACAACCCUAUGGGCCUCCACGGCCUGUUACAUGGAUACUUUUAUUGAGCCAAACCUCCAAGACCUUAGUGUAACAUGCAUUAGGCUGUAUGAAGAAAUCAGAAAUUUCUGUUCUCGACUAGCAAACAGUGGUGUUGCGAUCGUAUAUAUUUUUAUCGAAAUCUGUCAACUCUUCAGCUUCAGUACCUAAACAGAGCGCAUAAUACAAUCUGUAUCUAAUGUUAGCAUUUCACGCUCCAAAAGUAUUGAAAUUCAUUUUCGAUACAUAUGAUUUAAAAUCAGCAACUGCAUGCAUCAUACAGCUGCAUAGGUGAUGCAGUUGUUCGAAUGAAUAAAAAGUCAAGGAUAAUAGAGGCAUCCUAACGAAAGUAAAAGUUACUGAGCACAUUUUAUUCAUGAGAAAAGAGUUCAAAUUACAAAACGUUUUUAUUUAAUCCGUACUCAUUUGUAACAGAUGUGUACUUUAUAGAGUCCGUUCUUUAGUAAAACAAAGUAUUAACAAGUUAUUACUUCUAUAUGAACGUUAUUCGUUUGGUAAUGGUUGACAGGACUCUCUAAAGUCAGUUUUCAUACGACUCAACAACAACAACAA